AGUAUCUUAAAAUGGUGGCAUACGGUCGAUUUGGUGGGGUGUUAUUGUGAUGUUAAUGACAGAUCUACGUAUAAUGAACUUUACUGAAGCAAGCAUAGCUAUUUAUAGUUUUAAUAAUAAUUGUUGCAUAAAAAUUGCUUAACAGAGUCAAAGAAUGGAAUCUCUAGAUGUCAAUGAAAGUGUGGAUUUUGAUUUCUUUGAAACACCCCGAAGCCCACUGAAAGAAGAUGUUGGUAAAACAGAAGCAAAGCCACCCGUCCGCCCUAAAUCAGCACAGCCAAAACCCUCUCCCAGUAAUUUAAGUAAAGACAAUAUUAAAGAAUCUAGAACUGUCCAUGACCAGUCAGAUUCUGAUAGAGACUAUUCUAGUGACUCUGUAGUUUCAGAUGAUGAUGAUGAAAGUGUAUCACAUGGUCAGGUCAGUGGCAGAAAAAGUCGAUCGUCUAAAUCCUCUGUUAGUGUAUCAAGCCAUUCAGACCACUACAACUCAUCAGAUAGUGAAAGUAGCAGGUCACAUUCUGAGCUAGCUACACAGAGUCCAGCCAGGUCAAAAAGUGGUCGCUCUCCUAGCUCCGGGUCUGAAAGUGAUGAAAGGCCUAGUAAUCCCGUAGCUAAAGGGGGAAGGCACUCAUUACUUAAAAAAGAAACACACGCUGAAGUUAAAAGUGAGGAUAGCAGUAGCUCAUCUUCUGAAGGUGAAGAGAGAGCACGCACAAAAAAUAAAAAGCAAAAACAAUGUGAAGAUGAUGGGGAUCGGGUUCGAAGUAAAAAAACUACAAAACAGGGUUCCAGGGCUCUAGCAUGGAGCGAGGGAUCCAUCCAGAAACAUAAAUCUCCCAGAUUAAACCAAGAACGUCCAAAGACAGCUAAAAAUAGAAGCAGAGCGUCAACUAGGGAAGCCAAAUUUUUAGUGCCGGAGUCUGUGUCUGAUAGUCUUUCAGAAAGUGAUAUGACGGACGUUUCGCCAAUAGAGUCUCCUAGAAAUGGCACAGCAGUGAGACCAAAGCAGCAGAGUAUCAGGGUAAAUAUUGGCGCCGCAGGGGAUAGCCACACCAAGAAUCCGCAGUAUAAAGCGGAGCUAGAUCUGAAAGAACUGUUGGACGCUGACGAUCCAGAUCGGCAGAUGAGUAGCUAUGACCUGAACAUUUUAAUGACAGCCGUCAGCGAGCUUGAGAAACAAAAGCGACUGGCGGCUAAUUCUCGCAGGGUGAUGUUUGCCCCUAUAGGAUUAAAACGGGCAGAAAAGGCCAACUAUACCUUCGAUGACAACAAAGCUAGAGACAUUGAACGAGAAAACAGUCGUUUGCUAAAGGAAAUUGUAAGACGUGUCAGCGAUGGUGACCAAAGGAAAUCCUAUGUUAGAAGACCCAUCACACAGAAACUCACACCCUCAGCCAUAAAUAGAGAGAAAGAAAUCAGGAGAAUUGAAGCAGAUAAUUUGGCAUUUCUGAAGAGGUUGAAACAAGUGAAGCCAACCAAGGCCAUCUGCAGGGAAAAUCAGCUCAAGGAGUACCACAGCACUCUACUGCACGGCAUACCCAUCUCCUCCCUGCACCCCCCUCCCCGGGCUGGACACCGGUCAGUCAUGGAUGACUCAGCCAGCUCCAUGACCAGCAUACAGAGCGCCACCUCCACAGUGAGGUCACUGUCCAGCACACGCUCUGGGAGUUCCAGGAUGAGCAGCAGACCCAGCAGUGCCAAACGGGCAGGAAGUAGCAGCCAGUACUUCUCUAGGAGGCCUGAGUGGUCAGACAGGUGGUGAUCAGCAGGCAGGGUGUAAUUAUAGGUGGUGAUCAGCAGGCAGGGUGUUAUUGACAGGUGGUGAUCAGCAGGCAGGGUGUUAUUGACAGGUGGUGAUCAGCAGGCAGGGUGUUAUUGACAGGUGGUGAUCAGCAGGCAGGGUGUAAUUGACAGGUGGUGAUCUUCAGGCAGGGUGUAAUUUUCACAACCAUGGUGAUUGGCAGGCAGGGUAUAAUUGUCUCACAGGGGUGAUCAAAAGGCAGGGUGUUAUUGACAGGUGGUGCUUGGCAGGCAGGGUGUUAUUGACAGGUGGUGCUUGGCAGGCAGGGUAUAAUUGUCUCACAGGUGGUGAUCAAAAGGCAGGGUGUUAUUGACAGGUGGUGAUUGGCAGGCAGGGUGUUAUUGUCUGACAGUUGGGGAACACCUGUAUAAUGUAUGUGGUGAGAAUAAUCAUCUUAAUGGUGAGACAGGCUAUGGUGACUUGUUUUACCGUUGCUUUGUACAGCUUGCAUGAUCAAAGUUGUGAUAUUAAUAGAUGUUUAUACUUUCAACUUGUAGCCAUGAAUGUAAUUAACGCCCAUCCACAAAUGUAUUAGUUCAACUCUUUAAACAAUUAUUGUAUUUUGUUUUGUAAAACCAAAAAAAAAAACAACGUGUGUGUAAAAAUGUGUAAUACUUGGACUAUGGUAAUUUUAAAAUGUGUUUAAAAAAAUAAAUGAGAGUAUCUUGUCUUUACUUAAAUGUUAUUGUGUUUGUUAAACAAAAAUAUGACAAUAUUAAGAUAAAUAUUUGUUGAACUUAAAUGUUGAUACGCCUUUCUUGUCUCACAUUCCAUUAGUAUAUUAUUUGUCUAAAUGGACUUUGUUGUAUAGCUGUUAAACUGAGGGUUAUUUCAUUGUUGUUUAGUUCACAACCAAAGUUAUGUGAAUUCUGGUUUAAUUUAUUUUUGCACAUUUCCCAACAUUUACUUUUCCUUGAUUUUGUAACAUCUUUCUGCAUCAUUAUAUUAUUCUUUAAUAUAUUUUUUUGUUGUAAAAAAGUUAAAUAAUUAAAUUGUUGUUCUUUAAUCGUAGUUUUAUUAUAAAAUUGCUAAAUACUAUAAUUAAUUUAUUGGAAAAGCUGAAGAGUUUCAAAUUUUUCAUGUUAUAUCACUUCUAAUCAACUCCUCUUAGAUUUGAUGCUAGAAUUUUUCAGUAGGUGUAAAUGUAAAAGGGACGGAGUGACCUCUCGGUAGAGAGCUAGACUGCUAACCUGUAAGUCUGGAGUUUGAAUCCGGGUUCAAAUCAAUAGAUCAUCCCUGAGUCCACCCUGCUGACCACACUUUACCUUCAUAUUCCCUAACUGCCCACCAAAAUAUACCAGUUUUGAUAGAAUUGCAGAAGUAGUGGCUAUUUAUUACUGAAGCAGAAAGUUUUCUUGUUCAACUAAAAAAUUAUCAAUUAUUUACAGUUGUGACUACUCUAACUACAGAACACUAUCAGUGAAAUAAUAAACC